AUGAAGCGAGUCCGCCGUAUCUACUGGAGUGCGACCCAAGCCCAACAAAUUGCUUGCUGAAUCCCGCUACUGUUGUUCUUGCUGCCAUUUUAUGUGAACUCAGGGGUUUACAUGGAAAUUUUUGAAAGGCAUUUGUAGUUCCAUUUUUUACAGUUUCUUGUUCAUGGUAAAAUUGAGCUACCAAUAAAAUAAAAUUCCCCUUUUCCUCCCUGAAUUUACUUUUAUACAAAUUUUUGAGUACAUAAUCAACAAAUCUUCCAGCAUAUUACAUCCCCGAUUUUCUCUUACAGUUCUGCGGAUGAUGGAUGUGGAAGAAACCUCAAGUUUGCCUCUGCCAGAAGCUUUUAUUAAUUUUCUGAAUCAACAUGGCUUGGAUCCUUCUAUAUAUACUGCCACUGAAACUACACCUCGUUAUAUAAGGUUAAAGCCCGGCUAUGGGGAUUGUCUUGAAGAGAUCGAAACUGAUAUUAGAUGCAAGCUUGAAAAAGUUUGUUGGUUGCCCAAUUUCUAUUAUCUUCCACCUGAUGUUCGAAUUGCUAGUUCGAAGGCAUACCAAGAAGGGAAGAUGUAUGGAAUUGAUGCGGCAUCCGGAGCUGCUGUGACAGCUUUGGACAUUUCAGUUGGGGAUCAUGUCCUUGAUCUUUGUGCUGCACCUGGUGCUAAACUUUGUAUGAUGUUGGACAUUCUUGGCAGUUCGGGUUCUGUGACUGGUGUUGACAUUGCAAAACAUCGUUUAGCGGCCUGUAGAACCAUGAUACAGAAAUACGGUCUUGGUGACCAUUGUCGUCUUUUUGUUGCUGAUGGAACCAACUUUUCCCUUCUUCCUGUCAGGGUCCAUUCAGACUCUCCGUUGCAAAAUGAAAAUGCAGAUGAAUUUGCUUCCAGAGAAAAUUCUGAAGUAUAUAGGGAGUGGAAGUCCCGCAGACCAUGGAAAGAAAGGAAGAAGGAAGCUCUAGCGAGAGAAAAAGGUGUCUCCAAGCUAUUCUCACCAACUCAAGAACCAGAACUUAUAUUUUAUGGUCGGUAUUCUGGGGUGGUUGGGAUUAGAAAGAAUGAAUUAUAUCAAAAGAUGCCCAUCAGUGAGGUUUUGCAGCUCGGCUAUGACAAGGUUCUUGUGGAUGCAGAAUGUACCCAUGAUGGUUCUAUUAAGCACGUUCAGAAAUUUGAACAAUGGGGCUGGACAACCCUCGAGCGCCGCGUGCUAGAUGCAGAAAGAACCGAUGAUCUGACUGUCCUUCAGCUGCAACUUCUGACUAAUGGAUUCAGAUUGCUCAGAGCUGGGGGAGUCCUUGUCUACAGCACUUGCAGUUUAACCUUUGCUCAGAACGAAGAUGUGGUCGAGCAGUUUCUUUCGGAGAACACAUCUGCAGAAUUGCUAGAGAUUACUGCUGCCAAAAAUUGGCCAUGCAAAAGUGGUCGGAUACAGAAAACGUUACGGUUUGAUCCGUUGACAUCUAGUACGAGCGGACUCUUUGUUGCCAAGUUCACAAAGUUGGCCAUUUAGUCGAAAGGACGAAUUUCGAGGUUUUAGUGAUGUUGAAGUACCCUUAAUUGGCUUUGCUAUAUACAAGUGUAUUCGGUGUCCGAAACACGCAAGUUCGACUAAUCUGGGUUCGCGCCAUUCAAGGCUCACCGCGAGGCAAUUGGAUUACUCGAAAAACUUCUAUGCAAUUUUAAUUGUAGUCUAUGCACACGAUAAUAUCCUUAUUUAGGCUCAGUUUGUAGAUGAAAAUAGCUUCUUCUCUACAGAUGGAAAGGAAAAUCUGUUCCAUCAAAAGUUUUUGGAAUACAAAUUUUUUUACAAUAUGUUUGAGAAUUGAGGUGAAGGUUACUAUAACAGAUGUUUUGUUCUUAAAAAGUUAAACCAUGUACGUGUUAUAGACGACUCCUAAAAUAUGUAUAGAUUUUGUUUUAUGUGUCA